AUGGAACAAUCUAUGUUCACAGAUGCGGAAGCACAACUGACAACUGAGCGGCGCCUGAAGUACCAAGGAACUGCCAAGAUAGAUCUGAGCCAGAUUACAUGUCACCCAUGCGUGGCUCGACAACUGGACCAAAAGAAUGUUGAGAGACUAUGCGAGGUAUUUCGGAAGGAUGGCUGUAAUCGACUUGACGUGCAACAUCAUGUUACAGCUGUUGUAACCCGCCGACACUUGAAGCACGCCCGGCGGGAGGCACAGAUAACCGCGGAGGAAUUGCUGACUAAUCGACCUGAUAAAUACCCGUUCCUUUCUUUCCCCUCCAGCCAAAUCCAGUGUCUACAUGGUCAACACCGCCUGCAUGCUGCAACAGAAGUCCUUGCUCCUAGUGAGCGAUGGUGGACGGUGGACCUCUAUCUAGAUGACAUUAGCCAUGAAUUACGAAGUACCCUAGUCGAUGAAUAUGCAAACGAGAAGACACCCACUGAUGGAGACAUAUACCGCAAAAUCCGACAAUACCAAAGCGAGCAUAAUGCAGCGUUCCAGAAGCGGUGGUGGACGCGUCUUUCGGAAAAUAAAGCUAAGCGUUUGCGACAACUGAUGUCUCCUGACAACGUCGACAUUUGUGCCGCCUUUGAUGCCCUACUUCCCAUUCCAGGUCUGUGGAAUGGCCUGAGUAUCGGCUCUCUCAAUCGUGUACUAGCAUUGAAGUGCGAUGAAGAAAUUAUCCACUAUUUACAACAUGUGGAAAGAUUCUGGUCGACUCUAAUGGAUGGCGAUCGACAUCAGAUGGCCAAAAUCGACAUUCAUACCGUGGAAAAGCUUCAACUGAGAGCCCCAGCGGCAUGUUCUGCGGAUGCGAGAGAAGUCAAAGGCUAUAUACUCAGCGGUGAGGUCUUCUCCCAGUUUGAGGAGACUGAACGACCUAGAAUAUGGGAUCGAAUGUCCAGUUAUGACGGGAUCAUUCCUUCAAUUCACACCUUUUUCCGCGAUACUACUUAUCUCGAGGCGUGCGCAACCGGCGUGCGGCAGUUUGCUGUUCUGAGCAAGAGCCAGCCAACAGGGGCAUGUCUCGUGCAGACAUCAGAUGCGAGCUUUCGGAAUCACACAGGCCCAAGCACGGACUCUUUUGAACUUGCCUAUCGACAAAUCUGGUUAUUUGCUAUGCGUCAUUACCCGGAAAUGGCCAAAGAUGCUACCAGCAAGAAAGUUGUCGCCAAGACCAUCCGCGGAAGAGCGGACGAAGUAGUGCUCCACAAUAUGGCUACACUCGCACAGAAAUUGGGAUUUGACUCUUUGCCGGUCACUGAAAUGUUGAACUGUUCUCCCGACCGAAGAAUUGCUCGCGAAGCUCUACUCAAGGCCCGAAAACCGGGUAGCUACCGAUAUGACCCCGUCACAUUCGAUUCACUCAUUGACCGAUUAGUGGAGUGUUUUGGUACCGCGGUCGCUCACGAAGCAUUACCAUCGCCAGAGUUCGUUCUUGAAAGGACACCAACGCUUUCACGUCGUUGUGGUCCCCCACUCGAGCAUGUGCAGCCGAUAGAUCGACCUCACCUUUUCCUAGACAAAGUGCAUUCCAAAGAAGCGACAGGGCCGCAGACUAUCUCCUCCUUUUUUGUGAGACAAUGCGUGUACUUUGCUUUCUUUGACAAGCCUUUGACAUGGACACAAAGUCAAGACCAUGAUCAAGCUUCGCCUGAGCUGCUGCAAACGGACAUUUCUAGAUCCCCUCUGUUCGUACCAGUUGAUGACCUGCCAAGUAACCCACGAGUGGUCCCAGCUAUGGGAUCAGCUUCACAAAGACAAUCACGCCGAGAGCAACGCCAAGAACGACGCCGUCGAAGACAGGCAACUGGAAACCGGUCACACCGAGACCGGCGACAGGAAAUUGUUGAAGAAAUACAUCCUGCCGCUCCGGCCGAUCCAGUUGACUCCAUCACUGCUGAUCAUGAUAUGGGUAUGAAUGACGUCGCUCAUGUUGUUCCUGGUGGUGCAGACAUUUCCAUGGCAGGAUCUUCCAGUGAGAGUCACAUCGGCGGGAAUGAUCAUUUAGCGAUACAGAACGAGUUAUUCCGCGACACCAGAAGAGAUGUUGAGGAGGACCCAGAGCUUUUGCCAAAUGUCGAGCAAGACGAGCAAGCGCUUGCUCAAGUCAGUGACACAAGGCGUAACUUGGGAGACAUCGUACACGAACCAUCAACUGACAGUCCAAAUGGCCAUGAUACUGCAGAGCGACAAACGGAAGUGAACGAGGAUACCGCCUCGCAAUAUUCUCAGGACUCUUCACGAAGCGGCGAGAACGACUCAAUGGAAUAUGUGGAGUUCGUCGUGCCUGCUGAGAUGCAAGACCGGUUGACAAGAGGGCUGUCUUCUGAUACAGAUCUGCAACUCACGUCGAGCCCUGUCGAGGCGGAUGGCGAAAGCCUGAAUCAAAGGACUGAGGAAAGAGAGAUUGCGCAAGAUGCAGUACAACAAGCCCUUCAGGUGCUUGAGCAAGAAGCAGAGACACGGGCACUUACUAGUGUAAAAAGAUCAGAAAAGCAGUUUGCUACGUCGACCGAUGAGCCAGCUGCUUCAUUAGUGCUUCCCAGCCCAGGUGUGGGACCGGCUGUGGACGCAUUAGCUGAAUCUCGCAUAUCGAAUGAACAUUCGCCAGCCACAACUCCGGAUCCUGACCCGAUUGUUCGGCAAGGUCGAGUGCCACGAAGCGCCCGAGCAGCAAAGGCCAUCACUCAAAUUGAUUUGACUGGGCUGGAUGCAGCAAUUAUUGUGGGAGAGGAUGGACCCGACCAGCAAGAGCAGGCUGAGUCAGCAAUCAUCGGUCAGGCUGCGAUUUCAACCCCUCUUGGUCACCAGGAAUCGUCGGACCAUGAACAGGGCACAGACAAUAUGGGACCUCGCGAGUUUCUGAGCGAUUUACCUGAUCCUUCGGCCUCAAAUCCGAUCAUAGGUGAAUCUACUGGCCCGCCUCGACCCGCAGCGCUUCAGAUUUCAGCAGGGGCCACGGGAGAGGGCGGGACCAGCCAACGAGAACAAGCAGAUGUCCAAAUAACCCAUCAUGAUAUGGCAUCACCAGUCUCUAAGCCUCAGCAACCCAAAGAGCAUGUUCGACAGACGAACAAGAAGCUACGCGAAAAUAAGGAUGACUCGCAAGAGGCUCCCGCCUCAGGCCAAAACGUAAGUGAAUUCACAGUUCCACCUCUGCCGGAAGCGCUUCACCCACGUCGGAACCCUCCACCCAAUGCAAUCUCGAUUACUUUCAAAAUUUAUGAGAAUGGAGGAUGGCAUGUGACGGACCAAGUGCCGGUCAACCCGAAUGACCCAUCGGAAGCACAUCGUAUAGCCCACAAGUAUGCCCGCAAGGACAACAAACAUGCGCGCUUCUACAACAAGAACUUACGACUAGUCAGCGCUGCUCAAUGUGUCCGGGCCGCGAUGGAUGAUGGAUCGAAUACCGUCCUCAUGAGCCUACAACAGGGUCUCGUAGUGACACGAGCCAAAGUGGCUGCGGUGGCCGAGAUGAUGAAAGCGGACGCUCAGAGAAGGGCAGCAACUGAUGCUGAUGAUAUAAUAACGUAG